AUGACCCUAAAGGGUUCAUGCACCAACAAUGGAGCAAAAUAUGAAGCUUUGUUAACCGAGUUGGAGUUGUUGCUAGAGUUGGGAGCUAAGAGAGCAAAGAUAUACGGGGAUUCUCAACUGGUCAUUUAUCAAAUGACUGAAGAAUUUAAAUGUAUAUCGUCAGUAUCACAGGAGUGUGGAAAGAAAGCACAAGAAUUGUCUAAACAAUUUAAGGAAAUUAUUUUCAUACACAUUCUUAGAGAAGAAAAUAAAAUAACAGAUCAAAUGUCCCAAAUAGCUUCUGCUAGAGAAGAGGUACCUUCAAAAAAUGAAGAUAUCAUUCUCCAAGAAAAGAUCUUAGAUCCUCUUAAUGAAACUGAUAAAGAAAUACAAUAA